GUGUGGGCGAUGAUAUUCAAAGAUGCUCAAUGGCUCGAGAAGGCGACUAAGGCUGGGCUAAAGCCUGCGCUUUUUGGCUACAAGCUUACCAAUAUCUAUAGAAAGAAGAAACCGGUGCAGGCUCACCUUUUACUUAUUGUCUCUGAUUGGAGCGGCGACGUGAGAUUUGACAAAGAACAACUCUUCCGAUCAUUGCACAAGCAUGAACACAACGAGACAACAUUCGAAGUCCACUUCGAGUCCGGUAUUAUUUUGAACAUUCAUGACCCUGUCACCGCCCUAGAAGGAAUUAGGGUGGUAGACCCGGAGAAAUAUUUCCACAGAGAUACUACCGGUCUCUCUUCCACUGUGCUCUAUUACAACGACCGGGACCUUCAGAAGAUCACGCCG